AUGGCAGAAGCUCAUGCACUCCCGGAUGAGGAAAUCUCUCUGCUAGUCCUUACUUUGGCUGCAACAACUUUAGCUUCGGGUCUUGUGUUGAUUAUCACAACUGUUGUUUGUAUUGUUAGGAAGAAUGUAUUGAAGAAGAGGAAAGAGAAAAAGCAAUUAGGGGGUCUGUUGUCCAACUUAUACAAGUCCAUACUAAAUUUUCCAUAUGAAAGUCUAGAAUCGGCCACAAAUUACUUCCACAAUUCCAAAAAGCUGGGAGAAGGGCGUUAUGGUUCAGUUUACAAAGGAAUUUUACCAGAUGGGAAAGUUGUUGCUGUUAAGAGGCUCUUCUUCAAAAGUAAACAAACUGCAGAUGAUUUCUUUAAUAAAGUCAAUUUGAUCAGUGGCAUCAAUCAUAAAAAUCUAGUAAAGCUGUUGGGAUGCAGCAUUACAGGUCCUGAAAGCCUUCUUGUUUAUGAAUAUGUGCCAAACCAAAGCCUUCUUGAUAACUUUUCUGUUAAAAUUAAUCCUCAGCUGAUGAGGUGGGAUGUAAGGUAUAAGAUCAUAUUGGGUACAGCUGAGGGCUUGGCCUAUCUUCAUGAGGAAUCAAAUUUGAGAAUUAUCCAUCAAGAUUUGAAAUUAAGCAAUAUUCUACUUGAUGGUGAUUUUGAGCCAAAGAUUGCAGAUUUUGGACUUCUUAGAUUAUUUCCAAGACAUGAGGUAGAGGCGAACGGUAUGACUAUGUGCACAGGAUGUUAUAUAGCUCCAGAGUAUGCUAUUGCUGGCAAACCAUCUGAGAAGGCAGAUGUUUAUAGUUUUGGAAUUAUUGUCCUUCAAGUUGUAUGUGGAAAAGGAAAUUGGACUUUCAGAAAGGUAAAUCUUUUUACCUGAAGUAUCACCAAUUCAUGUUUUUAGAGAAAUACUUUCUUUUCUCAUGAAUCAAGACUGAAAUCUUUAACAAAAAUUUCCUUUUUUCUUGGGGGGGGGGGGGGGGGGGGGGUGGU